AUGGAGGAAAACGAUCAAGCACAGGCAGUCCCACGUCUCUGCCGCAAGGGUUGUGGCUUUUAUGGGAGCCCAAAUUUCGACGGAUUUUGUUCGAAAUGUCAUCGUGACAUGCAGGCCACUGCGGAACAUGUUCAAACUGCUGUUAGUCUCUCUUCAUCUUCAGGUAAAGGCCUCGUUGAAGACAAACCCGAAACAACUGACUCUCAGGGACUUCUGAAGACGCCUGAUGAACAUAACUCCCUCGCCACUAACGAAACCAGUGUUGAAUCAAGUCCGUGCGAAAGCCCUUCGGCAGUACCGUCGGUAACUGAUCCCCUUGUUCUCGUCCCCAAACAGCCUACUGCGGCAUCCAGUGAGGCAAAUGCUGCAGUAGCCUCUCCAUCUGACGAUCCAGCUAAGCCUUGCUCGGCGUCGCCUGCGGCCUCGGAAGCAGCACCUAAAAAGCGUCUACGCUGCCUAAUGUGCAAUAAACGUGUUGGAUUGACAGGUUUCGGUUGCCGGUGCGGUGGCCUCUUUUGCACCCUCCAUCGUUACUCCGACACCCACGACUGUUCUUUCAACUAUCGCGAGUCUGGGCAGGCGGAUAUUCGCAAGGCAAAUCCCCAAGUGGUUUGCUCCAAAAUCACCAAAAUUUAA